CGGGCGGUGAUUGGCUGAGCGGGCCACGCGCACCGCUGGGAUUGGCCGGCGCUGCCCGCUGCCAUGGUUACCGGGCGGGGCGCUCCCGGAAGCGCGGCUCCGGAAGCGGAGCCAUGGCGGCGGCGGCAGCGUUGCUGCUGCUGGCGGCGGCGCUGGUAGGAGGCGACGAUUCGGACUGGGUGCGGCUGCCUAGCAAAUGCGAGGUGUGCAAGUACGUGGCAGUGGAGCUGAAGUCUGCUUUUGAGGAGACCGGCAGGACCAAGGAGGUGAUCGACACCAAGUAUGGCUUCCUGGACGGGAAGGGCUCUGCCGUCAAGUACACGCAGUCGGACAUCAGGUUAAUCGAGGUGACGGAGAACAUCUGCAAGCGGCUGCUGGACUACAACUUGCACAAGGAGAGGAGUGGCAGCAACAGAUUUGCAAAGGGCAUGUCGGAGACAUUUGAGACCCUGCACAACCUGGUGCACAAGGGUGUCAAGGUGGUGAUGGACAUCCCCUAUGAGCUGUGGAACGAGACCUCUGCCGAGGUGGCUGACCUCAAAAAGCAGUGUGAUGUGCUGGUGGAGGAGUAUGAAGAUGUGAUUGAGGACUGGUACAGGCACCACCAGACCGAGGACCUCUCCCAGUUUCUCUGUGCUGACCACGUGCUAAAAGGGAAGGACACAAGCUGCCUGGCAGAGAAAUGGACUGGCAAGAAAGGUGACUUGGCAAGUGUGGGGGAGAAGAAGAGCAAGAAAAAGAGCAGAAAGAAGAAGAAGGGUGAGAAGGAGGAGAGCGAGGGAACUGCCAGCCUCCCAGCCUCAGGGGAGAGCUUGGAGGAGAGUGGAAUCCAGGAGGAGGUUCCGCUCACCCACAGCCCAGCCGAUGAGCUGUAGGCGCCCAGACCCCUGGGCUCUCACCCCACCAUGUCCUGCGGCUACCAAAGGAAAAAGGGACUUCGGUUGUGGCCUGCGCUACCCUGGGAGAGGAUUGGAGUGGCCUGCCCAGACUUGCCAGCCUGCAGGCUUGUGGCACGAAGCCGCCGGGCCCAAUCUCUGCCUUUCUGCUGGGGCUCCAGCAGGGGGGCUAC